AUGGAUCAUGCAAAAAUGCAUCAUGUGGGCAAUAGUGAUACAACUCAGCAUGAUAUGACCAGUAUGGAUCAUUCUACCACUAUUCAUGGAAAUAUGAACAGCAUGGGACAUUCAAUGUCUAUGACAUUCCACUUCGGUGUUAAUGAGGUCAUACUUUUUGAUUCAUGGAAAGUUUCCAGUGCCGGAUCCAUGAUAUGGACCUGCGCAGUAACAGUCGUUUUUUGUUUUGUUAUGGAAGCACUUCGUUGGUACCGAAAGUUUAACAUGGCUGGUGAUGACUGUCCAAGAAGUAGAACUUUACGGGAAACAAAUGGAGAAAGGAAAAGGAUUGGCACACCAAGAAUAACAAUGAGGAUCUGUCUGGAUUCACUGCUUUUAAUGUUUCAGUUAACUUUGAGCUAUAUCUUGAUGCUUUUGGUAAUGACAUUCAACCUCUGGAUCUGUUUUGCUUGUAUAUUUGGUGAAGUUUCUGCUCAACUCUUUUUCAACAUUCUUUUGCCAUUGGAAAGAGAUGUCGCGAAGUACUUUACGCAGAGUUCGCUUGUUAGGGCAGCAGAUCGCAGUAUGGCAGCUGCUCUACUGCUUACUACACUUCAAUCAUUGUCCUCGAUGUGCAACUCACUAGGUGCCUCAGCACCGUACCAGUUUGAUCCAGCUUUAACGACCAAGCAACCUCUCAGCCAAUUGGCUAGGACAUCAAAAGGAGCAUUAUUGCAAUAA